GCUUCAUUUAUCUCCAAUCUUGCUGUGUUUAGACUGCUCAGUCCCGCCUUCAUGGGAUCCCUCCUGCUUCUUACCCAAACACGCAACUUUAUUUACCCAACUUUUUGGUCAACAACUGCACACAAGCUGCGUGGAGCCGCUCCUGCCGGUCAUGCUGCGUUUACACGCCAGCGGUUGAGACGACCACUUCGAGUUGGCCAACACGUUUACCAACAUUUUUCAGACUUUUAGAGUUUGGGGGACCAGAGGAGAAGCGAGGACGUGUUGUUUUAAGGAUUGUUCAUGGCAAAGAUGCCAAACUCUGGCUGCUUUGGAGUUUUUCUCGCCACGGUGACCCUCAUUCUUCUCGUGGGCAGUUCGUUCAGUGCUCAACAUUUCAAGAGCUCCUUCCACCGACGAACCAGGACCUCAGAGCCUGUUGUAAUACCUCGCCACUUUUCCCGUGUUUAUCUGAGCAAAGAUGAGCUCCGACGGUUACACUUUAAGCCCACCAUCACCUCCAUCCAGCUAUCAGAGGGCCAUGAAGCCAAAUUCAACUGCUCCAUUGACAUCCCCGACGCCAGGCUGGACCCCACCAUCAUCUGGAAGAAGAAUGGCGAGGACUUGCUCGCGGGGAUUCACGUGGUGGUCAACGAUCUCCGGACCGUUGCAGACGGUGUCACGACCAUCCUUUCCACUGUCAUCAUUGAUCGAGUGCAGAGGGUGGACGCCGGGGAGUAUCACUGCACAGUAAACAUCAGCAAUGAGGUCAAAGACUCUCAGCCCGUUAUUCUUGAGAUAGAAGGUCUGCCGACAUUUACACAGCACCCAGAGGACGUUAACAUAACGAAAGACACACCUUUCACUCUGUCGUGUAAGGCAGAAGGUCCUCCAGGGCCUGUUCACAUCGUCUGGCUACGCGAUGGCGUACCUGUCAGUGAUCCUGAGGAAUCUCCCAGCAACUACUCUGUGUCAGGUGUUGAGAAGCACACCAAGUUCAGCUGUGAGGCUUACAAUGCAAAGGGUCUCACCACAUCGAGAGAAGCAAGUGUUAACAUCAAAGUUCUUCCCAGUCCCGUUUCUAAUGUGGUGGUGACAGCGAGGCAGUCCAAUAAGCUGAUGUUGAACUGGAGACCUGAGCACGACGGCUUCUCAACACUCACCAAAUGCCACAUCAGGGUUAAGGAGGUGAGUCGCAGGAUAGGUGAGGUGAUGACCACCAGAAUAAUCAACGUCACAGUGCCCCCUUUUCACUGUGAAGUUCCCGGGCUGAAGGCCAUGACGUGGUAUAACUUGAGCGUUUCCUGCAGCAAUGAGGUGGGGGCCUCUCCUUUUACCAAAUGGGUCCAGAGCAACACCACGGAGGGAGUGCCGUCAGUGUACCCACGAAAUGUCACCGUGCAUCUGAACGAGUCGUGGCUCGUGAUUAGGUGGAAGCCUCCCCAAGAUGAUAAGAUAAAUGGCAUCCUGCGUGGUUAUGAUGUAAUUGUGAGACAUGGCACAGAUCACAAUAAGGUCCACACUGACAACACCACGGCCUUUGUAGCCCUGAAGGAAUUCAACACAACGUACAGUGUGGAGGUGGCUGCGUGCACGCAGGCGGGGAGCGGCAUGGUCAGCCCACGAGUCUGGCUCUUUGUGCCAGAGGAUAUAUCAGGGGUCAGACCUUCAUCCAGUCCUGACACAGCGGUUCCCCACUCGGCCUCGGUCGUCCUGGCAGUGGCGUGUUGUAUCUGUGUUCUGCUGCUCAUCUUCUGGGCAGUUAUAUACGUUCAGAACAGACCAUCCUUCUCUUGUUUUGGGCUGGAGUUUGGAGGUGGAGAAAAGCAGCCGCCCGCCGUCAUACAGUUCACAAACCAGAGAACCUACAAUCGAUCAGUAGUAGCUGUCACCCUUGGGAACCUCGGUGUGAGUGAAGAACUCCAGGCUAAACUUCAGGAUGUGAUGAUCACAAGGAAUCUGCUCUCUAUAGGAAAAAUCCUUGGAGAGGGUGAAUUUGGCUCAGUGGUGGAGGGACAUUUAAAACAAACUGAUGGCACGUCGGACAAAGUUGCUGUGAAAACAAUGAAAUUGGAUAGCUUCUCUCAAAGGGAGAUUGAAGAGUUCCUGAAUGAGGCGGCCUGCAUGAAAGAUUUCAACCAUCCUAACGUCAUCAAACUACUCGGUGUGUGCUUGGAGGUAGCUUCUGGGCAUUUCCCUAAACCCAUGGUCAUCCUCCCGUUCAUGAGGUACGGAGAUCUGCAUAGCUUCUUGCUGCGCUCACGCCUGGGAGAGGGUCCAAUGCAGUUUUUGCCCACUCAGACACUCCUGAAGUUUAUGGUGGAUAUUGCGUUGGGUAUGGAAUAUCUCAGUGGUCGUAACUUUCUGCAUCGUGACCUGGCGGCACGCAACUGCAUGCUGCGUGACGACAUGACUGUGUGUGUAGCAGACUUCGGGUUAUCAAAGAAGAUCUACAGUGGAGACUAUUACAGGCAGGGGAGGAUAGCCAAGAUGCCAGUAAAAUGGAUUGCAGUGGAGAGUCUGGCAGACAGAGUUUUUACUGUAAAGAGUGAUGUGUGGGCAUUUGGAGUUACCAUGUGGGAGAUUGCUACACGAGGCAUGACUCCGUACCCUGGAGUCCAGAACCAUGAGAUUUAUGACCAUCUUGUUGAAGGUCACCGACUCAAGCAACCACCAGACUGUCUGGAUGAUCUGUAUGAGAUCAUGUACAGCUGCUGGAGAGCUGAUCCAGUGGACCGCCCUUUGUUUCCCCAACUGCGAGCAAUGUUGGAAAAGCUCACAGAAAAGCUUCCAGAGUCUUUCAGCAAAGAGGACAUAAUUUAUAUUAACACCAGCUUUCCGGAAGAUGACCCAGAUGGGGAGGCGUUUCAUGCAGCGCAGCCUGCGUUGAGCUCAUCUCCCUCCUGCAGCCGCCAGGCAGCAGAAAGCACAGUAGUCACUGCAGACAUUCAUGGACGCCAGGAAGAUGACGAAGGUGAUGAGGACAAUGAUCGGUAUGUGGUGGUGAUCUCUAAUUCUUCCCUCAGACCCCCUACGGUGGACACUCCUCUUCUGUCGGAUGAUACUUUAAAUCAAACACACGGAGAUACUGCCACUGACACUUCGUUCCUCCUAUAGCGAUUGGUGCACAGCGGAUAAAAGCUGUGAUAAAACUCUCUCCAUGGUUUGUCAGUAGGUUACUAAUCAUUGUCCUUGGUUGCAUUGGGAGCACCUUCAUGUGUUCUCGUGAUGACACUUUUUAGUAUUGUUAUAUAAGCAAUUUAUGCUUCACAUGGCCAGCUUACAUCUCAUCGACGGGGACAUUUUUUUCACGUCAAUGUCGAGCAUGUUCCAUAAGCUUAAGACACACUGAACUGUGAAACUCUUUACUGUAUUGAAUUUUGUGUUUGACUGUAAAUAUGGAAAUGUACAGCACAUGUAUAAAAAUGAACUUGUAUUGUAAAAAUAAAUACUGACUUAUGGGAAAAAGUGGAAUUUGUGGAUGCAACACUGUAACAAUUAAUUUGACGAGGAAUAUUAUAGUAAAUACUUUGAAAAUAAUAUUAAAGCAGAAAACUUCGCAAAAUAAAAAAGUAAACCUCUCCUUUUAAGAGCAAAUGUGAAAAAGGAAAUAAUAAUAAUAAUUAAUAAAAGUUCAAUUGUUUGAAUGCAGCUGCGUUAUGCUCAACUUUCCCAUCUCAAUUUUUACUUAUGUAUUUAUUUUUUAUUUCUGUUUGGUGGAAGAUUAAUCUAGAGGAAUUAAUAUUAACACCUUUAACAAGGUUGCAUAAAAUAUAACUAUGUCUAAAUUAUUUAGUUCAAAGGCCUGCAGAAAUGCUGUACAUGUAUCAUUUGAUUUCUCUAAUUCUCAUUUGAAUGAGGGAAAAUAUGGAGGCAGACCUGAUCUUCAAAGCUCCGCCCAGAUUUUUAUCAGAAUCUUGUGUUGCUGUGUUUGAAGUUUCAUCACCACAGACAGAUUAACCUGGCUAAAACUGAUGGAUUCACAUUUUUUUUCAGUUUUUUUUGUGAAAAUCCUUUUUAACAAACAUUGUCAGAACUUUCAGUGUUAAAUGUGCACAUGUUAUAUCAAAUGAUCUGUAUUAACUGACAAGUUUAGUAAACCCAAACCAUUAUCUAUUAUCGUUUUCAAGGUCAGGGGUGUCUGCAGGAGCAUAUCCCAGCUGCUAACAGGUGAAAGACAGGGAAAAACCAGUUUGUCACAGGGUACUUUAUUAAAAUAUGCACCAUUUUUGAGUGCGUAAUAAAAAAAGUUGUGUUUGCAACAUCUUAACAGAAUUUCAAUUAAAAUUCACUGUAAAGUAAUUAUAAUCCAAAUCCAGGACAACAGUCUGUUGUCUUGCAUAUCAACUGAAUCGCAUUGCAUUGAAUUUUAAUCUAGUUAUAUUAUUUUGAUUAUCUUUUGUACAUUAUUCACGCAUCUAAAGCAAGUCAAUAAAUAUGAGUUAUAUAUUUUUAUUUUUCCCACCUUUACCUUCAACUUUUGAUAGUUUUCUUUCAUUCAUUCUUUUUUUUAAAUUUUUUAUACAUAUUUAGAGGAAUGGAUUUAUAGGUAAAAGCUGACAAUUCGCAUGUGUACAUAUUUAAUGCAGCUUUUAAUAAAGAGGAUGU